CCCGUCGUAGUUUUCAGAAUCUCAACGGCAGGAACGUUGAGGAUUAAAUAGAGACUUUGUUCACGAUUCAGUGUUCAUCGGAUUAAAACUCUGGCUACCUCAUACCGUUGACGAUGCCAACAGCCUCGCCAGCCGGCCGUCACAGGGAGUUGACUUGUAAAUCCUUAGCCGGCUCAUUCUUAGAAAAGACAGAACAUAAGCAAACUGACAAUCAACAAGCUGAAAGACGAGCACUCGCGCAAAGGCAGAGGCAUGUCGGCAGCAACGGCAACAGCCCGCCGUCGGUAUCGGUCGCCGGUGCUCCUCCUCCUUUGCUUCUUCGCGUCUGCUCCCAUCCAUGGCCAGCCCGACGUCCUAGGUUUCAUCAGCAUCGACUGCGGGAUCGCCGAGGGCUCGAGCUACACCGACGGCUCCACCCGUGGCCUCAAGUACGUCUCCGACGCCGGCUUCGUCGACGCCGGCGCGGGCGCCAACGCCGGCGUCAGGCCGCCCUACAGCCAACAAGCCCAGCCGGCGCGGUACCUCAACGUCCGCUACUUCCCCGGCCCUGCCGCCGGCGCCCGGAGCUGCUACACGCUCCGCGAGCUCUCGCCUGGAGCCAAGUACCUGGUCAGGUGCGGCUUCUACUACGGCAACUACGACAAGCUCCGCACGCUCCCGGCCUUCGACCUCUACCUCGGGGUCGACCGCUGGGCCACCGUCAACGUCACCACCCCCGACGAGAGGUACAUCCUCGAGGCCGUCGUCGUGUCGCCGGCCAGCUUCUUGCAGGUGUGCUUGGUGAACAUAGGGCUGGGCACGCCUUUCAUCUCCUGGCUUGAUCUGAGGCCUCUCGGGGCGGCCAUGUACCCGGAGGCCACCCUGAAGCAGUCGCUGCUCCUGCUCAACCUUCGCAGGCCGGGAGCCAAAUACGCCUUGAACCGCUACCAUUUCUGGAGGCCGGCCACUUCCUAUGGAGUAUUCAGGUACCCGUCUGAUCCCUACGACCGCGUCUGGCAGAGCUACGGCGACGUCGCAGCAUGGACAAACAUAACAACGACGGCCGCCGUCAACGUCUCCAACGCCAGCAGCUUCGACGAGCCGUCGGUGGUGUUGCAGAGCGCCGCCACUCCGGUGAACGCCACGCGGCUCGACUUCUCAUGGACCUUGGACUCCUCCCUGUCGCCGAACAACGGCAACAGCAGCAGCACGGCUUACGUCCUGCUCAUGUACUUCGCUGAGCUGCAGCAGCUGCCAAGCGCCGCGCUGAGGCAGUUCAGCAUCCUCAUCAACGGUGCCUCGUGGAACAGCAGCCGGCGGAGCUACGCCCCGAAAUACCUUUCUGCAGAGAUUGUGAAGAUGGUGCUUGUGCAGGGGUCAGGCGAUCGCGCUGUCGUUUCUCUUGUCGCCACGCCUGAAGCGACGCUCCCGCCCAUCUUGAACGCGCUCGAGAUAUACUCGGUGCGGCAGAUGACUCAACUUAAGACGGACAAUGUAGACGCUGAGGCCAUGAUGACGAUCCGUACGACGUAUGCGCUGAAGAAGAACUGGAUUGGUGAUCCUUGUGCACCUAAAGAUUUUGCCUGGCAUGGCCUGAACUGUAGUUAUCCAUCAUCUGGCUCUGCACAGAUAAAAGCUUUAAAUUUGGCAUCUAAUGUGUUGACCGGUGCAAUUGAUCCUUCUUUUGGUCAUCUAAAAUCUCUACAACACUUGGACUUGUCCACUAAUACCCUGUCGGGCCCAAUACCAGAUUUUCUAGCGCAAAUGCCAUCACUCACAUUCCUCGAUUUAUCAAACAACAAACUCAGUGGAUCAGUUCCUGCAGCUCUACUACAAAAGCAUCAAAAUGGAUCUCUUAUACUAAGAAUCGGUAACAACACAAAUAUCUGUGACAAUGGUGCUUCGACAUGUGAUCCAGACAAAAAGGAAAAGAACAGAACACUCGUCACUGCAAUAUCCGUAACAAUUCCUGUAGCAACUCUACUGUUUGUGGCAACAAUUCUUAUCCUUCGCAGAAGGAGAAAUAAACAAGACACAUGGAUGGCAAACAACGGUAGGCUUAGCGGCCCUCGGGAGAGGUACAACUUAUUUGAGAACGGACAAUUCAGCUACAAGGAACUGAAGCUCAUCACAGCUAACUUCAGAGAAGAAAUAGGGCGAGGAGGAUUUGGUGCCGUGUUUCUAGGUCAUUUGGAGAACGAACGUACAGUUGCCGUGAAGAUCUGUUCAAAAACAUCAUCUGAAGGGGAUAAAGAGUUUCUAGCUGAGGCUCAACACUUGGGUCGAGUUCAUCAUAGGAAUCUGGUUUCCUUGAUUGGUUAUUGCAAGGACAAGAAACAUCUGGGCCUUGUAUAUGAAUAUAUGCAUGGAGGAGACUUGGAGGACUGCUUAAGAGGAGAGGCUUCUGUUGCUACACCCCUCAGUUGGCAUCGACGUCUCAAGAUUGCUAUCGACUCUGCCCAUGGAUUGGAGUAUCUACAUAAGUCCUGCCAACCUCCACUGAUCCAUAGGGAUGUCAAGACGAAGAACAUCCUGCUAUCUGCUGACCUAGAGGCGAAGUUAUCCGACUUCGGCCUGACGACGGUGUUUGCCGACGAGUUCAUGACCCACAUCACCACCAAACCAGCAGGGACCCUGGGAUAUCUUGACCCUGAAUACUAUAAUACAGCCCGGCUGAGUGAGAAGAGUGACGUGUACAGCUUCGGAGUAGUACUACUUGAGCUCAUUACAGGUCAACCCCCAGCGCUCGCUAUCAGUGACACCGAGAGCAUCCAUAUAGCAGAGUGGGUGCGCCAGAAGCUCUCGGAGUCGGAGGGGAACAUCGAGAGCAUUGCUGACAUGAAGAUGGGGACAGAGUACGACAUCGACUCAGUCUGCAAGGUUACAGAGCUGGCACUGCAGUGCAAGGAGCGACCAUCACGAGAACGACCCACAAUGACAGAGGUUGUGGUUGAGCUUAAGGAGUGCUUGGAGCUGGAGGUGUCUCGUGGAAUGGGCAACUACAGCUCAGUCGCUAGCAGCGCAAACAGUCUCAGUGAAAUGAGCGCUGAGUUGCGUAGUGAUGCCCAAGGAAGUCAUCUAUGAAGGCUGUAAGCACUGGCUUCGUGUGAGAAAAUGGGGGUGCGUUUUCCAAAUGGAGCGAGACAUAUUAGCAUAUUGCAACUUAUCAACAACUCAUGCAAUAAUCGUUUAAACUGAGGGAAAAAGUUGAGCACAGACGUUAAAACAAAGGAAAUCAAGAAUCCACAACCUCUGCUCUAUCUUGAUGUGGUUUCCAGAUGUCUAAAAAAGUUCUAUGUGAGUAGUUUCUCUUUAUUACACUUACUGUUACCGAGAGGCAGUGACGAAAAUAAAUACUACGGUGUGAUACUUCAAGUUGAACAAA